AUGGCGCUCGACAACUACUACCACAACAAGAUUGAGGCGAUGCAACUCGAGAUCCUCAAAGGUCAAGCUGUUCUCCGUCGCCUCGAAGCUCAGCGUAAUGACUACAACUCGCGGGUACGCCUGCUCAGAGAAGAGUUGGGCCUGCUGCAACAGCCAGGCUCGUACGUUGGCGAAGUGGUCAAGGUGAUGGGCACCAAAAAGGUCUUGGUCAAGGUACAUCCCGAGGGGAAAUACGUUGUCGAUGUCGCCGACUCGGUCGAUGUCUCGAAGCUCACAGUCGGCAAACGGGUGACCUUGUUAUCUGACUCGUACAAGCUCGAGAAGAUCCUGCCCUCGUCAGUCGACCCGCUCGUCUCCCUCAUGAUGGUCGAGAAGGUGCCCGAUAGCACGUACGACAUGAUCGGCGGCCUGGAUCAGCAGAUCAAGGAAAUCAAGGAAGUCAUCGAGCUCGGUCUCAAGCACCCGGAGUUGUUCGAGUCGCUCGGAAUUGCGCAGCCCAAAGGCGUGCUGCUCUACGGCCCUCCCGGGACCGGAAAGACCUUGCUGGCCCGCGCUGUGGCUCACCACACCGACUGCAAAUUCAUCCGUGUUUCGGGUUCCGAGCUGGUGCAGAAGUACAUUGGCGAGGGCAGCCGCAUGGUGCGCGAGUUGUUUGUCAUGGCGCGGGAACACGCGCCAAGUAUCAUCUUCAUGGACGAGAUCGAUUCCAUCGGGUCGUCCCGCGUCGAAGGCUCGUCAGGUGGCGACUCCGAAGUCCAGCGCACCAUGUUGGAGCUGCUCAACCAGCUCGACGGCUUCGAGCCGACCAAAAACAUCAAGGUCAUCAUGGCGACAAACCGGCUGGACAUCCUCGACCCGGCUCUCCUGCGGCCUGGCCGCAUUGACCGCAAGAUCGAGUUCCCGCCACCGAGCGUCGAAGCCCGCGCCGACAUUCUACGCAUCCACAGUCGCAAGAUGAACCUGACGCGCGGCAUCAACCUGACCAAGAUUGCCGAGAAGAUGAACGGCUGCUCCGGUGCCGAGCUCAAGGGAGUGUGCACCGAGGCCGGCAUGUAUGCCCUGCGGGAGAGGCGCGUGCAUGUGACACAGGAGGACUUUGAGCUGGCCACCGCCAAGAUCUUGAACAAGCACGACGACAAGGAGGUGUCCUUGGCCAAGCUCUGGCGUUAG